AGGUCGUAAACCGCCAUUUUGUGGUCCUUGCGACAAGGGAGAGGAAGUCCUGAUGAAUUCCGAGAAUACGGCAGAGAGGCAGUCUGUGGUGGCCCCGAGUGGCGUUGGGGAGGAAGAAUGUGGGCAUCAUGGGCUAGGCCAGCAUUUAUUGCCCAUCCCUAAAUGCCCAGAGGGCAGUUAAGAGUCAACCACAUUGCUGUGGGUCUGGAGUCACAUGAAGGCCAGACCAGAGGAACACGAUGUUCAUAAGUGCGGUCGUUGUCAGACAGAGUUUUGCAACCUGGAGACUUUCAUUACACACAAACUACAGAAAACAUGCCAGCGGAUCCAGGCUUUGUCCACAGGUGACUCUGACCAUCUGCCUGUCAACCAAACAACUCCCAAGGAAUCAGUGUCCUUGGACUCAGCAAUCACUCUCACACAGUUGGUUGUGGCUUCCCUAUCACAGCCUGAAACAAACAAUAAAUCACAGUCAGAUGAUGGGAGCAACAAAACAUGUCAGAUUUCGGAGGAGCAAUUACGGGACUACCCUCAGUCUCAUCAGAGUGAGCAGUCCACCAGUGACGGAAUUGAUGGCCACAGUAAUCAGAAAGGCAUGGAAGAAGAGAUUGGGGCUGAGAAGAAAAAAUAUGAAAUAAUUCUAACCGAUGAAGGACGAUUUAUAUGUCAAGUCUGCGAAAAGACCUUUAAAACGGCUGUCAUCCUAAAGGCUCACAUGGUUACCCAUAGUGACAAGAAGGCUUUCAAAUGCAAGAUUUGUGGGAUGGCAUUUAGAACAAAGGGAUCUUUAGUUAGACACAAUCGACGGCACACAGAUGAACGACCAUACAAAUGCCGGAUGUGUGGGAUGAGUUUCCGAGAGUCUGGAGCACUCACUCGCCAUAUGAAAGCUAUCACCCCCUGUACAGAGAAAGCCAAGUUCCAGCAAAUGAAACUUGUUUCAGCACCCUAUCAGGAAGAGCCUGAACCAGUAAAUAAAACUGAGACUCAGGAAGUAAAUAAACAGAUUGAGGAACUGGUUUCCACAGCAGCGUCAAACUCCCCAGAAACAACAGCAGUGAUCAGUGUGCUGGCAAACUCUGAAGGAAACUUCGAGGAGCUGCAAGUCCAUAAUGUGAGCCAGACUUUGGACCCUGAAGUUGAACAGAAACCAGAGUCACUUACUUCCACUGAGCUGCCUCCAGCAGGAGAGACUGGCAAUGAGAACCUGAUCUGUCAGGCUAUGAGGAAUUCUGGGAUUGUCAUAGAAACUGUGACAAUUGGAGAUACCCAGAAAUCUGAAGAAGCUUCUCCAUUGACUGUCGAGGAAGGCCUUGGAGAGGAUGUCAUUGAGGACUGUUGCAACGAGAUAGAGGAAGAUGAUACGACAAACCCAAAAAGUGAGAACAGCUGCAAAAACUUCCAGUGCCCUCACUGUGGUCGAGUGUUCAGAGGAUCCAGCUACCUACGCCUGCAUAUUAAGGCACACUUGGGUUACAAGCCCCACAGGUGCGAGUUGUGUGAAAAGGAGUUUAUGACAGCCUACAUUCUGAGGAAGCACCUGGAAUCUCACUACAAUGAGCGGCGUUUCAAAUGCGGGGAAUGUGGCAAACUCUACAAGAGUAUCGCCCACGUAAAGGAGCACAUGAGAGCACAUUCAGACGAUCGGCCGUAUUCGUGCCCAAAAUGUGGCAAAAGAUACAAAACCAAGAAUGCACAGCAAGUUCAUUUGAGGACGCACUCUGAGGACAAACCAUUUGCGUGUGACUAUUGUACUCGUGCGUUUCGAGAGAAGGGCUCCCUCAUCCGACACGUGCGCCUCCAUACAGGAGAAAAACCAUUCACAUGCUACAAAUGUGGCAGAGGCUUUGCGGAACAUGGGACGCUUAAUCGACAUUUACGUGCCAAAGGGGGUUGUCAUGUUGGAUGUAAAGAGCUGGAACAACAGAUAUCAACAGAUACCCAGGCCACAGAUAACGUUGCUGCAACCAUUAUCACUGAUGACCCCCAUACAGUGCUGGUGGAGUUCUCCUCAGUGGUGGCCAACACACAGGAGUAUAUAAUUGAGGCUCCUGCUGAAGUUGCUGGAAGCAGUGACGUGGGUACUCUGAUCCAAAGCUCUAAGCAUCAGGUUGACAGUCAGAUCAUGAAGGUUGUGCAGCAAAUCGUGAACCAGGCCAACUCUGGCCAUCAGAUAAUUGUCCAGAAUGUUUCCAUGGAAGACAACCAUGAAGAGGUGGCAGACACAAUCACCAUAGCAACUCCUGAUAGUCUCACUGAGCAGGUUGCAAUGACACUGGCAUCCAGCAUUGAGGAAGGAGAGGCCUUGAUGACGGGAAGCAGCCUAGAGACCAGCCACAAUACUGUCACUAUGGUGGCAGCGGAUGGUAUUGAGAUGCUGGAACAUACUGAUGAAUAUAUGAUUGCUACACAGGAUGGAGAUGUAGAAAUACAGACCGUGGUAGUGGGUGAAUGAUAGGAGCUUUUACAGGCCCUCCCCACAUCCCUAUUAAGGGAAAAUAAUUAAUAAAGUGGGUGCCAGAACCAUAAAUACUGCAUUACAUGGUUACUGCUUCACACCAAGAACCAAUGCCUGGUUAUUCCGUUUAUUGGUUCCAAGCCACACAGUGAUAUGUGUCAGUAUUACGUUAUAUUAAUGAAACACUCAAGUUGAAGGUCUUCCUGUAUCACUGAAACUGUAAGUCAUUUUGCAGAGGACAGUGCCAAGAUAUCUAACUGCUUCAUGUUGCGGCUGAGUGCUCUUUAGCGCAUGUGCCCACAGGAAUGUGUCAACAUGUGAUCUGGUUACUGAACAGUGGUGGGUUUGUGCCCAUAGAGUGUCUGUUGCUGUUGAAAGCAGGGCUGGACAGAAUCUGGCUGAUUAAACUGAAUUAUUGCUGGCCAACAGUGGAACUCCUGGUUGCUUUGUGUUUGAUUCUUUCUCCUACCUCUCCUCCUUAAUUUCUGUAAAUAACUACCUCGUGCCAAAAAAAUGGCCCCUGCCACAAAUGGAGCUGAGUUUAAUGCUCUAGUCACUCUGCCUUAUUUAAGAUUCAUUGCUUUACCAAGGGUUACCAGGGGUAUUAAAAUGUUGAGGUAGCAGUAAGUACUGGAAACCAAAAUAACUAUGAGAGAGGAUGGCACAAGGCAGGCAGUUGCGAGAAACUGACAUUAGAGAUUGGCAAUAAAAAGAAAUUGAGAUCCAGAUUCAAUUAAAAUACCUUCACGGCUCUCACAGCUCAUGUUCUCCGUACAAGGUGGGCUAAAAAUUGAAAAUUGUAUUUUUUAACUUGAAGAUUGAAAUCCCAGAAAUUGCAAAUGUGGUUCAGAGCUGUUUCCAGUGAGACACUGGAUAUGAUGAAACUGUUGUGGACUUUUUAAAAACAAAAUAUGAAGUGUUCCUGUCUUGGUGCUUCCUCAGCUGUAAUGAUGGGAACCUGCAGUAACAAUCUUGACAAAGAGACACUCUGUAUGUAUCAGUGGAAUGCUUAUUUCUGUAAUAAAUGAUACCUCACGGAGCUCACCUCUGAACUCUGUUGGAAUCCGAAGAGAAGCUUGUGCUCUCUGAUUUCAGCUCUUGAAAGGUCAGGGAUUUUAUUUCGUUUAAAUGCUAUGUGUAGAAGGAAUAGUGAACAGAGCCACAAAAAACAUAGAAUGAGGAAAAAGUCCCCACAAUCUUGGCUAAAAUCUCCCAGAAUACUGUGUAAUAAAAGUGGAAUUUUGGUUAUCGCAAUGUCUCAGCCAGUGGCCCUGAAUAAGAAUGUUUCCACACUCCAUGGGAUUGUUAAAGAAAAUGUGGCAUGCUCACUUCCAUUACACAUACAGGAUUCUCCAAGGUGGAGUUCUGUUUUCAUAUUGUUUGAUAGAUUGUUGCAUGUACACAAUGCUUACUUGUACUUUUCAGAUGAUUCACUGCUAACUGCCUCUAUUGUAAAUAGGACUUGGGAGUUGCCUAUCUGGCUGUAAAUAAAAAUGCAGGAUUUUUUUUAACAGAUUCUCUACAACAGCAUGUUUUCUACCCCAGAUUACACCUUAUUUAAUCAGAUAUUAAUCUAUUUAUGAACAAUAUUUGUAAGCUGUUGUUUCAGGGACAUUUAUCCAAAUGUUAGGAUUUUUAAAUUACUUUUGAAAAACAGAAAGAUAGAUCUGUAGAAAGUGGCCUUAAGUAUGACCAAAACUAACUGGAUUGUAACACAAAAAAUGUAUCAGAUCAAAGUGAUGUAAGGUAUAUGUCUCAUCUGAGAUUACCUGGUAAACUUUUCAAGAAAGAUUAUAUUGGAAUUGUACAGAUUGUAAAGUAUCCCUUUUAAAUGUUACCAGCAGUGCUUUAGCUUGUUCUUAUUGGUAAUGAAGUGCGUGCAUGGCAUACAGCAAUUGCCCAUUUACAGGAUCACUGUUUCAGGAAUUAAAUAAAACUUGAGAUAGGCACCAGAGUCCAGAAUGGACACAGAUAUGCUCACCUGUAUUGCAGGAUCUUCCUGCCGAUAGACAUUUUUUUUUCCCCAGUUGUGUGUGUAAGUGCUCUGGUAAACUGCCGCAUUGUGGCAUUUCUACCAGAAAGGGCUACGUCACUGUGUCCUGGAUAAGAGAGACUCUCCAUCAAAUGAUAAAUGGAUGUGUUUAUGAUUGAAAAUGCCAUGUGGUUGUGAGAGAGAAUUUCAUCUUUUUACAUUAAUGUUAAAUUUUCAGCGUACUCAAGGCGUGUAAGUUAUUUUGCUGAUCAACACUGGCGCCUCACUAUGUGACCUGGUUGACCUCAAAUAAAGCUGGAAUUAUA